AUGAACAACCAGCACUUCGAUAUGUACUACGACGGUCCCCCCAACCGCUCGCCGACCUCCCAGCGCCAGAACUCGCUGCACCGCCAAAACUCCCGCCAGCAGUUCGAAGCCUACGGCCACCUCCCCUCCGGUCUCUACACGGCCGAAGAUCACGCCCAGGCCAACUUCAAUGGUGGGAACAGAUUCAACCCGAACGACAUGCGCAACGCGACUGUGGGAGGCUACAGCAAUGGCUACGAUAUGGGCGGGCAGCAGUCGUGGAAUUCAGGCGCAUUUGGGCAGAACAACACGCUGAAUGGACUCGGCGGCACGCAGGGCCUCAGGAAGCCUCCCUCACGCGGAGGCAGGUCAGGCAUACCUUCGGCCUGGCUUGACCAGAACCAGCAGAUGCCCAUGAACCCAUAUGCUAAUGGCCUUGGUGGCAUGGGCGGUCCCCAAUAUGGUCGUCAGGAGAUCUCCGAGCCGGACGAGGAGCUCAUUCCGACUGCCAUCGUCAUCAAGAACAUCCCCUUCGCAAUCAAGAAAGAGCAGCUAGUGGGCAUCAUGACUGACAUGGGUCUGCCGUUACCGUACGCAUUUAACUACCACUUCGACAACGGCGUGUUCCGUGGUCUUGCUUUUGCAAACUUCACCAACCCUGAAGAGACGGCAACAGUCAUCGACUCGAUGAAUCACUUCGAGCUCAAUGGACGAAAGCUGCGAGUCGAGUACAAGAAGAUGCUACCAGCUGCCGAGCGAGAACGUAUCGAGCGAGAGAAGCGUGAACGACGAGGUCAGCUGGAGGAGCAACACCGCCCAAUGGCACCACAGACACUCCAGACACAGGCAUCUGCUUCCUCUUUGUCGUCUCGCAUGAUGGCUGGCUCGCCUUCGCCUGUAUCAGCACGCAACCAGACCGCUCGCAAUGGCCUGCCCAGCUCUUUCCCGGAUCCAAGUGCUGGAGUCGAGGUGGACCUAAACGACCCAGCAGCUCUGCAGCAUUACUCGAAGCUGCUCCUGUUCAAGGAAGACACUGCGAGGAAUCUGCUAGUGUUCUCACCCACCUUGUCUCCACCCGAGCGACGAAUCGUACACACUUUGGCACACCACAUGGGACUCGGUCACGCAUCCAAGGGCGAGUCAGAUCGGCGGGCUGUACAUGUCUUCAAGGAAGGCCACCAGCGGCUGAGUCCACCAAUGCCAUCCAUCCAGAACCUACAGGGUGAUCAACGGCGUGCGCUUAAUCGGGCCGCCACCACUGACUUCAGCGACGUUCGUGCCAACGAAGCCUACUACGGCGCUCCAAACCUUCGCCAUCAAGCCUCUGGCUAUCUUGGCUACCAUGACUCGCCUCAUGGACUGGCCGCCGGUAGCAAUCUGCGCUCUGCAAAGUCAUUUGCUGAUCUACGAUCUUACACACCAUCUCCUGUGCCAUCUACAGCCAGCUUUCCUGCUGCAUUGAGCAACAAUGUCGCCCGUCUCCAGCAAGACUUUGGCCGCGAUAGCGCGCAAUCUAAUACACCUACACUCAUGACACCCACCUCCGGCUUGGCUGAGCGCGGAGACACGAAUAACAUUAUCAACGGCCUUGGAAACAUGAAUCUUGGUCAAGGGUUUGGUGGCAGCCCACGUGGUCUUCGUGGCUUCCCCUCUUGGGAUCGUGAUACCCCAGGACCCAUUGGCAGCAACCGUUCCUUCAGCACAAACUACGACGACCGCUCCCAGUCUCGCAGUAACAUGCAGGGCGGACCCGAACGCCAACCUCGCGGCCCACUUCCAGAGCGAGGUGCCGGCUUCCCACGCAGACAGAACGGCCAUGUCCAGCGCAACAGCGAUGAGCUCUCCCAACAGAGCAGCGCUGCAGAGAUCACUGUCGAGCACUAG